CUUAAAUCCAUCACUUGAAUUCACCGGCCGGAGUCGACUCCUAAUUAUCUUGCACAACGUUUCCUACGCAUUUAUUUCGCUUAAUAUUAAAGCAAUGAGUGAUAUCGUCUACCCGAUAUUGGUUGAAGUUGCCUGUAGCCGAGGAUUCAACAAGUUAAAGCAACGCAGCGAAGUGUUCCAAUAUGUGCAUGCGUUUGUCGACGAGCGCCAAGAAAUCCCAAUUGGUACGAUUUUCACUAUACCAGUGAAAUACGUCGUAGAAGUGCAACUUUGCACAAAUAUAGAUCAGUUCACGCCCCGCUCGGGGCUGCAGUUCAAUUUUUAUGAGCUGCAUGAUGCUGCACCCGAGGAGGAAACAGUAAACCAUGGCGGGGAAGAGGUGGACAUAGCCCAGCACUGGCUGCUCCCUUCCCGUGAACUGCACGGACUUUGGGAGAGUUUAAUCUACGAUGCAGAAAUCAAGGACGGAAUGCUGUCGUUCGCUGAAACAUCGAUGUUAUUCUCCAGGAAGGGCGUCAGUACUAAUUUGGUCACCUGUAAUCGGUUGGCACUAUUUCACGGUCCACCCGGAACCGGCAAGACAAGCUUGUGUAAAGCGAUCGCGCAGAAAUUGUCCAUCCGGUUGAACGAGCAUUAUACGCAUUCCCACCUGGUAGAGAUAAAUAGUCAUAGUUUAUUUUCCCGAUGGUUCUCCGAGAGCGGUAGGCUGGUGAAAAAAGUGUUUGGUGAGAUAACGGACUUGCUGCAGGACCCAAAGUGCUUGGUGUGUGUUCUGGUAGAUGAGAUCGAGUCGAUUGUUUACGCCAGAGAAAAAAUUUCCUCCAACGAACCGAGCGACAGCAUAAGGGUCGUAAAUGCCGUCCUCACGCAGCUUGACCGCAUCAGACGAUACUCCAAUGUGUUCAUCCUUGCGACCUCCAACCUGACCGAGAGCAUCGAUGCUGCAUUCCUUGACCGUGCGGAUUUCGUGCAGUACAUUGGUUAUCCGAAGGCGCAGGGAAUCUACGAAAUUUACCGCAUGGCCCUACACGAUCUCAUCGAAGUGGGCAUUAUAAAGCGCGAAGAAACAUCUAUCUCCUCGCAGACUCUCUCGAAAAGUUGGCUCGGCGAGAAUAUUCCCCCCCAUGCGGAAGCAAUCAAAAUCGAUCGACCACCGUGCAUUGUACUCGAGAUGCUGCUACAGGUGGUGGAACUGUCAACAGGCUUAAGUGGCCGUACACUGCGGAAGAUCCCUUUCCUAGCGCACGCCAUAUUUGUCAAAAAGGAAUCGGAUAGUCUAUUAAACUUUCUUUCCGCUAUGCGGCAGGCCAUCCGCAAAGUGCGAUCCGACAACGAGUUGCUGGGAAAGGAUAUGAAAACAUUAACGGAGAAAGUAAACGGAUUACAUUUGGAUGAAAAUGUAUUAUGAUUCACCCUCUCACCUCACGAGCACAAUUUUCAUUGUAGGUACGCAAAUUUUGGCAAACGGACACGAUUACAGUUUAAUAUUCAAUUACAAUGUUGUUCAACAAAUGUGCAAACUGCGUUAUGUGCUAGAAUAAUAAAUCCGAUUAGGCGAUGCGUAAUGAUAAUUUUUCCGAGAGUGAUGCUGGCCAGUUGAUCAAUCAACAGUGUAAAACAUAGUGGUAUGAACUGCACCAGUUCCCACUCGUGUUGAUACUAGGGGUGAAAAAUAAUUGGGCGUUUGGGGUCAAUCGGUACUAGUACUAGACGUAAUUAAAAUAUUAUUUUCGAGCUAAACUUACCGUUAUAAAGCUGUACUGAAAAUAAGCAAGCAGAAUGAGUACGUGUGUUUGCCAUAACAAAAGGAUUCGUUGCGAAGAGAGAAUUAUCCCUGUUUUGGUAUCGUUCUGGUUAACCAUUAAGCAGAGUAAUGCACUCAAUCGUUCCAUCUGUUUUGAAUAAAAAUUAUAGAAGAACUGUACUCUAUCAUUGAAAACACUGUUAUUUUUGCGCUUACCAAAAGCAGCCAAAAACAGGAAAUAAGAACUAUUCUUCUGUCCCGUUCAUCGACUGGCGAAAAUCUGGCGCAUGCCAGAUUAAAAAGAAAUUCAAAUCGUGACUCCCGCCACGUACAAAAGCGUUUUUUCGAAACAGGGCUCAUAAUAUGCCAACAGUGUUGUUUCCACUUGAUAUGAUGUUACGUUCGUUGCUUUCUGUUUACUGAUUGGAU